CUCUCGUUUGCUAAACAAAGCUGCCAUAGAAGGAAAGAUUAUGUACCAUCCCAAAUGUGCCAAAGUGCAGCUUACACACUUAUGCUUUGCUGAUGAUCUAAUCAUUUUUACAGAUGGUGCAUCAUCCUCUUUAAGUGCUAUUAACAAUGUUCUCACUCAGUUCUAUCAGUUAUCUGGUUUGAAGGUUAAUUAUUCCAAAUCUGAGAUUUUUUGCUGUGGCAUAUCUAGUGAGGAAAUUAAGAAAUUAACAGCAGCUUAUGGGUUCAAGGCUGGUGUCCUCCCAGUAAGGUACCUUGGAGUGCCAUUAAUCACAGGAAAAUUGACAGAGAAGGACUUAAAGCCUCUGGUUUCAAAGAUAACAGAAAGAAUGAGCUCUUGGGCCUCAAAGCAUUUAUCUUUUGCUGGUAGACUACAGCUUAUCUCUUUUGUCAUCCAGGGAAUAACGACUUUUUGGUGUUCUACCUUCAUAUUACCAAAGAAGGUUAUAAAGGAGGUUGAAAGGUUAUGUGCUGCAUUUUUAUGGCAAAGCUCAACUGAGUCUGCAAGAGGGGCUAAAGUGAAUUGGCUGUCAUUGUGUCACCCUAAGCAGGAGGGUGGUCUGGGUUUGAGGAGUUUGACGCAUUGGAAUGUAACAUGUAUUAUGCGAUUUAUUUGGAUGCUCUUUACAAAAGCUGGAUCUAUUUGGGUGGCCUGGGUCCAUGAAUAUCUGUUGAAGGGCUGUAGUUUCUGGUCUAUAAGAGUUCCUUCUGAUGCAUCAUGGGGUUGGAGGAAACUCCUCAAUCUUAGACAGCAAGCUAGGAAACUUAUUAAACACAUUCCAGGUGAUGGAAAAGACAUCUAUUUGUGGCAUGAUAACUGGCACCCUUCAGGGCCUCUAGUUGAAAAUUUUGGUGCACGAAUUGUCCAAGAUUCUGGGUUUUCUUCCCAAGCCAAGCUGGAGGUAGUGGUUAAUGGUAAUUUUUGGAAAUGGCCACCAGCUCGCUCACCUCAAUUGCUGGACAUUCAAAUUGCUUUAUGUGACAAACUAUAUCCUAAGGAAAGGGACCAAGAUACUGUUAUAUGGAUCCCUUCAGCUUCAAGGACAUACACUGCAGGGAGAACAUGGCACUGGAUCAGAAGUAAGCAGUCCAAGGUUCCUUGGCAUAGGCUGGUUUGGUUUUCUCGGCAAAUACCAAAACAUAGCUUUAUUAGUUGGCUAGCCAUAUUGGACAGGUUAACAACCAAAGCAAGGCAGAAGAAAUGGUCCCCUAACAUAGAUGACACUUGUGUUCUAUGCAACAAUGGAUCAGAAACUGUUGAGCACCUCUUCUUUAAGUGUAGUUAUGCAAAAUGUGUGUGGAAGAGUUUGAGUGCCAUGUCUGAAAUUCCUUAUCUGGAGUCUUGGCAACAGCUUGUGUUAUGGAUGGGGAAACGAAUAAGAAGAAAGUCUUUGUAUCAGACACUCAUCAAGUUAAUGUGGAAUGCUGCAGUCUACCAUUUUGGUAGGAUCUUGGUACCGAUUGUAGGGGCUGUGGGCCUCUGUUGGCGGUGGCUAAGGAUAGUUAACGGUGCCAUGGUGGUAAUCGCAAUGACGAUGGUUCAGUCCUUCAGGUGGGGACUUUGUGACAAUGGGCUGAGGGAAUGGUGGGUUAUGUUUGGAAGCCAGGAUGGGGAGCAAGAAACGUGUGGCAUGAUUGCAUCAUCAAAGAAGGUAAGGCUGUGUGCUGAGGUUUAGAACUUAGAAGUAAAAGCUAAUUAUUGGAACAAUUGCAGGACUACUAGAACCUUAUCUUUAGUAGGGUUUUAAUUUUAGUCUGCCUAUUUGUUUUCUUAUCAAUUUAGUCCCCUAAGUUUGGUUUUGGGCUAUUUAGUCUUAGGUCCUUUGCCCAACUAGGAUGAGAGACCAUGUGAGUUUUGGCAUUAGGUUAAUAAUUCUCUCAGGUUAAG